UGCCCAUGUCAAAAGCUGCUUGAAAGAGUUGCAGAUCUGAGUUAGAAAGUGUUCUUUGGCUCUUUGCCAUUGGAACAUUUCUCACCUCCUCCUGCUGACUUUUGAAAUUUAUCAAGAUGAGCAAGUAUCUCCUCCUCGGUUUUUCUGUUCUGAUCUUCUGCACUGUUGGUCAAGGUCUAAUAUGCAACGUAUGCAACUUUAAAGUUGGCAGUGUUUGUCUUAGUUCUGAUGAUCCCUGCAGAACAAAGGAAGACCAGCAGUGUGAGACGACCAGAGUUUAUAGAGGCAGUAUAACGUUCUUUACGAAACAUGACUGCGGGAAAAUGAUUGAACUCUGCAACAAGACUGAACAGAGGGAUAGUAUUUUUGACAUGAAUUACAAUCGCAGUUGUUGUACCUUUGACUUAUGCAAUGGAGAUGUGAUCAACCAGCCCAGCCUCACCCUCUUUACUGGCCUCAGCUUGGCACUUGGCUGGUGGCUUUCAUGUUAACUUAUAAAUUGAAAAAAAAAACAAAAACAGCAGCAAUAAUGGAAGGCUACACUCUUCUCAUUUUGAAGCAACCCUUGAACCCAAGAUCCCAGUCCCUCAUACACUCGGUUUAUCCUUCAGGCCUAAGGAGAUGAAUUAAAAAAACUCAGCAAUUGCAUUCCCUCACCAUCUUAAUGUUGAUUCAACCAUUAUCAAGAAUUUUGUAUGGUAUAUUUUCUUGUGUGAAUCCAAAUAAUUUAAUUUGUUAAUGAUUUAAGAUACAGUGUAAAAUUAGCCAAGUGAAAUGUGUUAGGCAAUACUAUUUGUGGAACUGAGUUUCCCUCUCUCCAGUAAUCUUUCAGUAAGGCAUCUUGGACCUGGACCUGCUCUAUGAAAAUUAACUCAGGAGCUUUGAAUGAUGGCUUAUCAAGCAGACACUAUCCUUGUUGGUUUGUUUUUGUUUUUCAUAUCUAUAUGAGAAGACUAGGUCAGCCCUCAGUAGACCACAACACCAGGGGCUAUGUUUGUUGUUUGUUUGUUAUUUAAUAAAUGUUUGGCUUGGUAACCCAGAAGCACUGCCAGCCUUGACUAGUAUCAAUCGA